AUGAAGGCAACAUCCAGUUCAUGGCAGACCUGCAUUUAUUCGGUCCAUGAGUAUGACACAUCACACAUGUCACCCCUACGUACACUGUUGACGUUGCCCCUCUUUCAACAGAGACUGGAUGAGAAUGAGGAACCUCCACCUUUCACCGACUUGGUUCCAAAUGCAGAGGCGAAAUUCGGCACCGUGAAAAUCACCAACCCCUUGCCCAAAGUAGAGCGGCGAGACCAACUGAAGGAGGGCUACAUGCAGUGGUUGACAACGGAGAAACUGAUGAGGCCAAAUGAAAGAAGACUAGAAUACGAACAAAUGCAGGAAAAAUACUUAGAAACUUUAAAAUUAUCGGAAGAUAUAAAAAAGGAUGUAAAGCUCGCGCGAGUGGUUAAGUCGCAUUACCCUAGAGGAAUAGUUGGCGUCGAUUCCAUAUACAGUGAAAACACUGAGUUGUACAAGGACAAAUAUGAGGAGCUUAAAAAUAGACAGGAAGUUCGGGAGAAAAGAAUGAAAGAGCGUGGAGAAGCCCUGGAGCGGCAAAACAACAGGAAUGGGAACUUCCUGGCGUUCCAAGAAGACAAUAUGUGA